UGAGGAGCAUGGAUAAUGGGGGUGGGUGUCGCCCUUGCCGACAUAUUUGAGUUCCUUGUAGCGGGAGGCGUGUAACAACUCCUUCUAGAUGUCAGUUACUUCUGCAUUCCGCCGGCCCCUCAGGGCGGACACCUGGGUGCUUCAGAAACAGGAAAUGGAGCCAGUGACCUUUGAGGAUGUGGCUGUGAACUUCACCUUAGGAGAGUGGACCAUGUUGGAUUCUAGUCAAAAGAAGCUCUACAGAGAUGUGAUGAAGGAAACCUUUAUGAACCUGAUUGCUAUAGGGAAAACAGAAGAAGACAAUAUUGAAGAGGAUUACCAGAAUCUCAAAGGAAAUCUGAGAACUUUGGUGGUUGAGAGACUCUGUGAAUAUGAUCAUGGUAGUCACUAUGGGAAAAUCCAGCACCAAAUUCCAGAACAUACUGUGAAUGAACAAAUGCCUCCUGCAGUAACAGUGUAUGAAAGCAGUGAAUAUGAAAGAGACAUCACUGCCCAUUUACCUGCAGAUGUGCACUUCAGUGGUCGAAGUGGACAGAAACCAUAUCAGUACCAGGAAUGUAUGGAGAAGACUUUCGAACAUAAGACAUGUUGGAACGAUUUCACUUAUUCUGACUUCUUUCAGAUGCAUGAAAGGCCUCCUACUAAACAGAAACCCUGUGAAAAUAAACAAUCUAAUGAAGCCUGUAGGAGUCUCACUUCUGAUCAUGAUUAUGAGAAAACUUACAGUGAAGAGAAAUCUUAUGUAUGCAAACAAUGUGGAAAAGCAUGCAUUAAUUCCUAUAACCUCCUCUGGCAUGAACGAAGUCACACUCGAGAGAAAUGUUACAUAUGUAAGCAAUGUGGAAAAUCAUUCAGGCGUUCCUCACAGCUUCACAAACAUGAAAGAAUUCACACUGGAGAGAAACCUUAUGUAUGUAAGUAUUGUGGAAAAGCAUUCAUUGAUCCCAGAACCUGUUACAAUCAUGAAAGAACUCACACUGGCGUGAAACCUUAUAUUUGUGAGCAAUGUGGGAAAGCAUUUCUUCGUGCUUGUCAACUUCUCAUUCAUGGAAGAAUUCACAGUGGAGAGAGACCUUACGUAUGUAAACAUUGUGGAAAAGCCUUUACUUAUUCCAGUGCCUGUUACAAUCAUGAAAGAAUUCACACUGGGGAGAAACUAUAUGUUUGUAAACAGUGUGGGAAAGCAUUUACAUGUUCCACAUACCUUCACAAACAUGAAAGAAUUCACACUGGAGAGAAACCUUAUGCAUGUAAACAUUGUGGAAAAACCUUCACUCAUGCCAGUGCAUGUCACAAACAUGAAAGAAUUCACACAGGAGAGAAACCAUAUAUGUGUGUGCAGUGUGGGAAAGCAUUCACUUUUUCCAGAUCCCUUCACAUACAUGAAAGAACUCACACUGCAGAGAAACCCUAUGUAUGUAAGCAAUGUGGAAAAUCCUUUACCCAGGGUACUUCUUUGCGACGACAUGAACGAAUUCACACUGGAGAGAAACCUUAUGCAUGUAAGCAGUGUGGGAAAACCUUCAUCCAACGUGAUGAUUGUUACAGUCAUGAACGAACUCACACUGGAGAGAAACCAUAUAUGUGUGUACAAUGUGGGAAAACAUUCACUUUUUCCAAAUCCCUUCACAUACAUGAAAAAAAUCAUACUGGGGAAAAACCUUAUAUCUGUAAGCAAUGUGGGAAAGCAUUUACCUGUUCGACAUACCUACACAAACAUGAAAGAACUCACAGUGAAAAGAAACUCAGUGGAUAGAACUUAUGCCAGCGUGUAUCAUGUAGGACUAUCCAAAGUCAAAUUUUAUUGCAAGAGAUGAAAGAAGAGAGAAGACCAGCAGAGGUGUAAUUUUGGCCCACACAUGUAAGUGUCUAAAGGAUGAAGACCUGUCACAGCAAGCAUGCUAGUGUAUGCCUUUCAUUCUUGCAUCAAGGAGUUAGAGACUAUACAUUUAUAAUAUUGAAUGCAGCCUACACUAUAUAGUGGGUUUGAGCACAGUUUGGGAGGUUUAAGAACUAUUUCCAACUAAAUGAAAUUCUAGUUGUAAAUAAUGUAAGUUGUAUGUUAAGUAAGAUAACAUUUAUGGGAUUUUCUCAUGAAGUAAAAUCCAGUGAAAGUAAGAAAUGUGAAGAUCUUGAAGCAAAUUAAUUUGUGUUGAGUAUUCCUGAAAAUAAACAACCUGAAAGAUA